AUGGCAAUAUACAGCCUGAAAAAGAAAUGCAAUUCUGGCGUUUGUAAAGCAUGGAUAUUUUCUCUAAUUGUGAUGACAUGUCUUCACUUGGCUGCUGCUCAGUGUAGUUCCCCAGAAUGCAUUGAACGCUUAAAUUCCUUUGAUAACAAUAAGCAAAAAGAUAGAGAAGACAAAAAACCCAUACGGGCAACGAGCACAACCCCUGCCCCUGUACGCAUACAUUUUCCCGAUGAAAUGCAAAAUGUCAAAAUACCAUCGGAGCGUUUUGACGUCAAGCUGUAUCAGUUUAUGGCAAAUCCGGCAAGGGGCAAAAAUCUGUGUAUUUCCCCACUCUCUGUACAGGUGUUGUUAACAUUUCUUUCGACCGUCGCCGAAGGCAAGCUGUAUGACGAACUUAUACAACUUUUGAAUUUGCCCACAAAUCAAACAUUGGUGGCUCAAACCUACCAAAAGUUAACACAGUUACCAACGGACACAAACGAUUCGAAUACAAUCAUUCUGGGCAAUAAACUCUACUAUGAUGAACGCUAUGGUUUUCUGCGCCGAAAUAUUCGCAAUGAGGCUCAACGUAUAUACGCCACCGAUCUGGAAUCUGUCGACUUUCUAAUGCCCUCGAAGGCAGCCGACAAAAUGAAUUCUUGGGUUGCAGAUAAAACACAGCAUCUCAUCGAGAACAUUGUUACCUCGAAUACGUUCAGAGCGAACACCAUGGCGCUGUUAGUUAACACUGUUUACUUCAAAAGCGAAUGGGACAAUAAGUUUGCGGUGUACGAUACAGCGAUGCGUCCAUUUUUUCUGAACGCUCGAACACAGAUAGAAGUUGAGACCAUGUACAUGGAGGAUAUAUUCCGUUAUGGUGAUUUUGAGCAACUAGGAGCCACAGUUUUGGAAUUACCCUAUAAACUUGAUGACUUCACUAUGAUGAUAAUAUUGCCAAAGGAUAUUGAAGGUUUGACCGAGGUUGAACGACGUCUAUCGGAUAUAACUUUGAAAUUGAUUUCAUAUCGUUUGGAGCGGCGACAAGUUAUUGUAAAAAUACCGAAAUUUAAUAUUGAAUUUGAAGACAAUAUGAUUCCAAUAUUACAACAAUUGGGUAUACGUUCUCUCUUUAAUCGCGAUUCUCGGAUUAACAUAUUUAAACAUGAAUCGGAUCCAUUGAUUGUGGAUCAAAUGAGACACAAGACUGUUAUCAAUGUCAAUGAAGGUGGUACAGAAGCUGCAGCAACUACUUAUGCAAAAAUUGUACCCUUGGCAAUACCAGUGGGUGUAAUGCGGUUUACAGCCGAUCACCCCUUUAUAUUCGUUAUACGAAAUUCUCAAGCUGUGUACUUUAUUGGGCAUGUUCAACGCAAUGCAGCAUCUCGCAAGAAGUCUGUACUUGUAGCCUUGCUGGCCAUUGUGGGUUUAAGUCAAGCAGCUACUUCUUCGUUGGCCACAAAUGUCGCCCAAACCAUCGAUCGCAAUAUAUUUGCAGCCGAUUUUUAUAAUGCAGUUGCUUCGGAAAAGGUAAAUGACAAUGUCGUAGUCUCCCCAGCAGCCGUGCAAAUUUCUAUGGCUUUGGCUUUUUACGGUGCCAAGGGUAAGACAGCCACCGAAAUGCAAACCGGUUUGCGUUUAGGUUCCAGUGAUCCCGAACAAGUGGUACGUCGAUUUGCCGAUUUCCAGCAGACUUUUGCCAGAGACAACAACAUUCGUUUGGCCAACAAUAUCUACAUCAAUGAAAAUCUAGAAUUCAAACAAAAAUUCAAAGAUGUUGCCCAACGUGAUUUUGAUUCGAAUAUAGAAAAGGCCGAUUUCCAUCCACCCUACAACAAGAGAACCGCAGAUCGCAUCAACAAAGCAAUGGAAACAAAGACUGCAGGAAAAAUAACCAAUAUUUUGGAUCACAAUCUGUUGCAAGAUUUGACCGAGGGUGUCAUCGUCAAUGGCAUAAGUUUCAGUGCCCCCUGGCAAAAGGCUUUCCGUACGGACAAAACAUCGCGACGUUCCUUCUCCGCUGGUGGACGUCAAACCAUUCAAGUGGACACCAUGUGGACUUUGAACAACUUCAAUUAUGGCGAAUACAAAAAUUUGGAUGCCAAAGCCAUUGAAUUGCCCUAUCAGAACACCGACUUCUCCAUGGUUAUCAUUUUGCCUAAUCGCAAAGAUGGUUUGCGUGAUUUGUUGCAAUCACUGAAGAGCAAGAAUUUGGUGGCCGUUCUCGAUGAAGGUUUCAGCUCGCAAAAGGUUGAAGUGUAUUUGCCCAAGUUCAGUGUGGCAUUCAACACAAAUCUCGAGGAACCCUUCAAAAAGUUGGGUGUCACUACCAUGUUUACACGCCAAGGUGACUUUGGCAAUAUGUAUCGUAUGUUUGUUAGCCACUACAUCAACAGUGCCAAUCACAAAGCCUAUGUUGAUGUUUCGGAAACGGGUGCUGAGCAGCCAUUGGAAUCUGGAGGUUUGAAAAAUCUGUUCUCACGUACAAAGAAAUUUGAUGCAGAUCAUCCGUUUGUCUUUGCCAUCAAACACAAGGAUUCCGUGAUAUUUAUGGGUCAUGUCGCCAAUUAUGCCUAUGUUUAAGUGUUAUUGAGAUUUUGU